AGAUCUUGCAGUUCACUCUUUACGCCCACCAGUCUCCUAUUGACUUAAUAGUGGACCUGUGCGUUCGUUAAGUUAAUUCCGGAGCAACCUUCUAACGCUUUGUCGGUACGUCUCUUAUUGUUCAGCCUGUUUCCAGUGUUAUUAGUUUCCUUAUCAGGGGCGUGACUGUCGACAUAACUCAACGCUACCCGAAGCAUCGAGCGGUGAAGUUGACUCCAUGCUAUUUCUGGUCCGUACAAUCCGAGACACGAUAACGGCACUCGUAUUUUUCAUAUUCUAAUAUUGUGCUGAACUGGCUUCACUUGACCUGCCGGCGCUUUGCCACCCUGUCAAGUGCAAUAUGGGACCUGGAAAUUACCGAACCCGUUUCCUCCAUUUUGAUAUACUACAGUAAUCUCAUCUUGUCACUUACUUGCUCGUUGUACCUCGAUACCAAUCUCUGGGGUAGUCCCCUGAGCUCGACAAGAGGAUAGUCAUUAUACACGGCGAUGACGCCUUCUGCGUUACCCUUCGAAUUUUAUUCUGUAUAAGAGAUCAUCUCUUCCCCCUUCGAUCUCCCUGCUGUUCUGUUCCAACCCUAUUCCUCUCCAUGGUUCUAACCCUUCUGUGCGCCUUCGUCUUUCAUUGUUUCCCCUCCCGAGUCACAAGCCGCUCUGUUUGUCUCCAACAUGGUGGUCAAGAUGUUGACGCUUCAGACGACUGACCUAGAUCUGGAUAGGUUUCCCCAGUAUUCAGAGCCGUUUGAGCCGUUUGAGGUUUUGGAACCUAAAACUCAAAUCAUGACGACUAACGGCGUCGCUCCAGACCCGAGCCCGGUCCCGGCUAACAAGCUGCUGGGCAAGGUUCAGGGUACCGACGAAGUUUCUCGACACCCUUCGCCUCAACCCACCCACUUCUCAGUACCGCUGGGGACUCUGGGCGGCAAUGGCCACAGGGUUUUACGCUCCGCUACUGUAGGAUACAUCGCGCCCGAGUUUAAGGGGCGCGAUGAGCAGAUAAAGCAAGUCAAGAGCCUUAUCCUCAAACAAGAAUGGAUCCCCGAAUCACAUCUUGACGAGCAAGUCUCGUGGUUCUACAACGAGCUAGGCAUCGACGAUGUUUACUUCCAGAUGGAGAGCGUGGAUGUCAUCGCAACCCACAUCACAUCUAUGUAUGCUGCCAAAGUUGCUGCCUACGCCCGGGUGGACAAGCGUGAGGAGAUCCGUCUGGAUAUGGAGGCUACUGACCACGCCAUCUAUAUCGACACGAGCGAGCCUGGUAAGAGCUCGUUGCACGGUCCGCGGUUCGAAAACAGGCUCGAGGCGAAGUAUCUCGACCAUGCCGACACCAACAAGCGCUUCAGGGUUGAAACAUUCCGCUCCCAUGGUAGCAUCUCUAACGAUCCUUCAUCCAAGGCUUCUCUACGAUGCUACUUCGUAUACCAGUGCCAGUUUGUGGAUGCAAACCCGGAGCCGGAUGAGACGCGUCUCGAAGUCAUCAGCGAUCGUAUGUUCCUAACAAAGGCAACUAAGAACACCAAGCAGAUCUACGAUGACAUUAUCAAACUUGCCGUUAGCAGGACCGGACCCGUCAUCGAGGUCUUUGAUAUCGAGGGCUCCGAGGAGAAGCGUCUCGUCAUGGCUUUCCGUUCUCGUACCGCCAGGGGUAUUUUCAGCGCCAUGAGUGACCUCUACCACUACUACGGGGUCACAAGCACCAGGAAGUACGUGGAGCAGUUCUCCAACGGCAUCACGGUCAUGAGUAUCUACCUGAAGCCGGCGACGAACCUGGAUACCAAACCCAUGCCGAUCGAGCAGUCGAUUCACCAGAUCACCAAGGAGAUCUCCCUUCUGUACUGCAUACCCCAGAACAAACUUCACUCCUUGUUCGCUUCUGGUGCGCUAAGCUUGCAGGAGACCGUUUAUGGCCACUGCGUCUGGGUCUUCGUUCAGCACUUCCUCAACCGCCUUGGCACGGAGUACGUGUCCAUCAAGCAAGCUUUAGAUCCCAGGAACCCGGCGCACGUUGAGAUCCUAUCCAAGCUGAAGCGCCGUCUGCGUACGGAGACGUUCACGCCGGACUACAUCCUUGAAAUUAUCUCAUCCUACCCUAAUUUAGUACGCCUGCUGUAUGCCGCAUUUGCUAGCAUACAUCUAAGCGUCGGUCCUGGUUUCGAGAAGAGCAUAAUCGCGCCGACACCGGCCGUAGAAGUACUUUCGGAUGCCCGGCUUAAGGAGGCGAUCACCCGAGAAGUGUCUAAUGAGCACGAGGAAAUGGUGAUGACAGCCUUCCGCAUCUUCAACAAUGCCAUCUUAAAGACCAACUACUUCACGCCUACGAAAGUGGCUCUCAGCUUCCGUCUCGACCCAUCCUUCUUGCCAGAGAUUGAAUAUCCUCGACGUUUGUACGGCAUGUUCCUCGUGAUCAGCGCGGAGGCCCGCGGCUUUCAUCUGCGUUUUAAGGAUGUUGCCCGAGGCGGUAUCCGAAUUGUCAAGUCCCGCAGCAAGGAAGCCUACAGCAUCAAUGCUAGGAACCUCUUUGACGAGAACUAUGCUCUCGCGAGCACCCAGCAGCGCAAGAACAAGGACAUCCCCGAAGGCGGUUCGAAGGGCGUGGUCCUCCUCGACGCCAAGCAGCAGGACCGUGCUCGGGAGGCGUUCGAGAAGUACAUUGAUAGUAUCUUGGAUCUUCUCCUCCCUGCCGAGACCCCCGGAAUCAAAAACCCUAUCGUAGACCUGUACCGUAAAGAAGAGAUUCUUUUCCUAGGUCCGGAUGAGAACACUGCAGACCUCGUCGAUUGGGCCACCGAGCACGCUCGCUCCCGGGGUGCGCCGUGGUGGAAGUCCUUCUUCACUGGCAAGUCGCCUAAACUUGGUGGCAUCCCCCACGAUGAAUACGGCAUGACAACGCUGUCGGUUCGCGAGUACGUCAAGGGUAUCUACCGAAAGAUGAACCUGGACCCCUCCCAGGUGAGGAAGAUGCAGACCGGAGGUCCGGACGGCGACCUUGGCAGCAAUGAGAUCAUUCUAAGCAACGAGAAGUACACGGCCAUCGUCGAUGGAUCCGGCGUGCUCGUCGAUCCCAACGGUAUCGACAAGGACGAGCUCGUACGCUUGGCCAAGAAGCGCGUCAUGGUCUCGCAGUUCGACCUCUCCAAGCUGUCUAAGGAUGGCUUCAGGGUCCUAUGUGACGAUAGCAACGUCACAUUGCCGACUGGCGAAGUUGUUCCUAACGGCACGUCCUUCCGAAACUUCUACCAUCUCAGAGAUACCGGUCUGACAGACGUCUUCGUUCCUUGCGGUGGCCGUCCCGAGUCGAUCGACCUUUCUACAGUCUCCAAGUUGAUCAAGGAUGGCAAGACGGCGAUUCCCUACAUCGUCGAAGGUGCCAAUCUGUUCAUUACCCAAGACGCCAAGUUGCGUCUCGAGAAUGCCGGUUGCAUCCUAUUCAAGGAUGCGUCUGCUAACAAGGGUGGCGUGACCUCGUCGUCUUUGGAAGUCCUCGCCUCGCUUAGCUUUGACGACAAGGGAUUCGUCGAGAAUAUGUGCCACAACGCGAACGGCGAAGCACCCGAGUUCUACAAGGCGUACGUCAAGCAAGUACAAGCCACGAUCUGCGAAAACGCUCGUCUCGAAUUCGAGGCGAUCUGGCGAGAGCACGAGCAGACUGGCGUACCGCGGUCCGUGCUUUCCGACACGCUUUCCGUUGCCAUUACGACUCUAGACGAAGAGCUUCAGACGUCAGACCUGUGGGAGAACCCUAAGAUUCGAAGGUCCGUCCUUGCAGAUGCUUUGCCUAAGUUGCUCAUCGACAAGAUCGGCCUAGACACCAUCAUCAGCCGCGUACCUGACUCGUACCUUCGCGCCAUCUUCGGAAGCUACCUUGCUUCUCGCUUCGUGUACGAGUUUGGCAGCAGCCCUAGCCAAUUUGCAUUCUAUGAUUUCAUGUCCAAAAGGAUGGCCAAGAUCCAAUGAUUGAUGACAUCUGCAUAUUGCUGGAAAGAAAAAAAAGGGAGG